AUGGAGAACAAACAAAAGCUUUUGCAAGCUGAUCCAGCGAAGGACACAGGUUCGCCAAUAGUGGUUGAUUAUAUGAAAAAUAAAUAUAAUCAAUUUGAAAAGGACAAAGAUGUAUCCAAGAUAAGUUUACCUACUGUAGUCAGAGAACCUCAAAAACUUGACUUCAGUUGGAACAAGGUGGUUGAUGAAAAAAAGAAAGAUACCUCGGGGCCUGUUUUAAGGGAACAAGACAUCUUAGCAUUUUUAAUGACUGCCUCUGGAAGUGAAUCCGGAAAAUCGCAAUAUUUAAAUCUUGUUGAAGCUGCUGGUAAAAAUGCGAGUCCUAGCAGUGCUCCGAAGUCAGAAGUGAUUGAAAAUAUUGCAAAAGAUAUGACGAAAAAUGUUAGAUCUAUGUUUGAAAAAGGCGAUACCUCUAACACUGCCACUAAAACAACACCUAAACGCAUCAGUUUGAUUGAAGAUUCAGCUGAAACUAAUUCUGUUUUUGAAAACACUCCUACGGCUAGAUCAGAUGACAUAAUAAAAUCUGGUGAGGCUGCUAGCGAAGGAGAACAAGUUCAAAAGGGAACUACUAAAAAUUUGUUAGAUCAAUGGCAAAAAAAGAGCGAAGAUAAAUCAAUUUACGUAUCACCAAAUAAGUCAUUAAUAAAAUUAGUAGACGAUGAUUCAAUAAAAGAUCAAACUUCGGACAAUGAGAAAAUGCAAGAAAACGACAUUAUUCAAAAAGGAUUUGCAAAAAACCUUUUAAAUCAAUGGAAUAACCAAAAUAUUGAAGGAGUUGGUGCUGAUCAAAUAAAUAAAGAUGAUAAAAUUUCAAGUAACGAUUUAGAACAAGCAAGAGAAAAAAUUACAGAUGCUGAGGUUGUACAAAAAGGAACUGCUAAAUCUUUGUUAGACCAAUGGAAUGAUAAGAAAAAUCAAACAUACGUAGCACCCAAACAAACCGUAGUUCUUUUGCAGUCUGUAACAACGGAUUCUUCAAUUAUACCGAAAAGUACAAUUGGUCACCAAACAGCUCCUAACACCGAUUUAUUGCCAAAAACUGCUAAAAGUAUGACAAUUUCAGAUGAACCGGCAAAAAAUGACAGUGAUGCCUUAUCUCCAGAAGCGGUCAACCAAUCUACCCAAGAGUCAAAAAAAUCAGAAGAAACAAAAGAAGAAGAAAUAGAUCUGGAUAGUUUGCAAAAAGGUCUAGCAAAAGCUAUGGUGCUUCAAUGGAAAUCCGAUCAUCCUGAUGAUUCACUAGAUGAUAUUAUACAAAAUGCAACAAAAACUAGUGGGUCGUAUAAUGAAAUACUUUUAGAAAAAGGAAUCGAUAAAACGUUAUACGAACAAUGGAAAUAUGUCAAAUUCAAACACUUGCCAAAACUCGAUAGAUCUAAAAAAUCUCUUGUUAUCAAUAUUCCGGAGAAACGAACAAGACCAACCGUUAUGCAGGUAAUGGCUAAUAGAGCAAACGAGGAAGCCAAUGCCCCAACUUGUGCAGAAAAAGAAGCGGAAAAUUUAAAAAAUGAUACUCUGGAAAAAAUAUUAAAUAAAGAUGAAGUUAAUUCGAAAGAUUUGGAGAAAUUACCAGUAAAAACUGAACUGCCACAAAACAAUGCUGCAACCAAUGUGAUAAAGGAUGAAAUUCCUAACAACGUAGAAAAAAUUGAAUUAAACGAAAACCGACAGAAACCAGAUUUAAACAAAAAUGUUGUUAAAGAUCAACUUAAUGAAGUAAAAUUUGACGUGAAAGCAUCGGUAGCAUUAUCUGAAAAUUUAAAUACAUUUUUCAAAAGUGAUACAAAAGACGACGAAACUGUUAAGACAUCAGAUAUAUCUAAUGUGGAUACAAUUGAAAAAGGAUUUGCUAGAACGGCUUUAGAGCAAUUAAGACAGUCAGUGGAAAGUUCAAAAAUUGUUGAAAAAAAGACUAUUUUAUUAUCUCCAGUUGAUGAUAAAGUUCCAGAAUAUGAAACCGCGAUUCCAGAUACAUCAAGUCAACGCUGUGAAAUAUCGGAGUCGCAACCCGUUAUUCAACAAGGUUUGACAAAACAUUUGCUAGGGCAGUGGCAAAAUAAAAAUACUGAAACUGUUCAAUUCAGUAAAAGACGAAUCAUAGUUGAUGAAGAUGAAGGAUUGAUUGCUGAAAAUGAGCCUAUAAUUUCGACUGAUGUAAUCAAAUCAAAAGAUGAUGAAGCAAAAAAUUUAGUCGAAAAAGGCACGGCUAAAAUGAUAAUGAAUCAAUUAAUUGAAGGUUGCAAAAAUAAAGAAAUAUCAAAAUCACAGAAAAUAAUUAUUUCUGAAAUUGAUGGUACCGUUUGUGAAAAUGAGCCCUUAAGUAGAAAUGAUAUUGCCAAGGAAGAUGAACAACUACCCUCCGCCUUAAACGUUGUGCAACAAGGAACUACAAAAAAUUUAUUGGGACGUUGGAAUAAAAUAACUACUGAUUCUUCUGAAGUUCUCAAAAAGGAGCCGGUAAACCUUGUUUUGGAUUCAGGUCACAUAAUCGAAAACGAACCAGUGAAAAGGGUGGAUGUUGUCAGUUCGGAACCAAUGCAAAAUGAUGAAAUAGAAAAAAUAGAAAAAGGUUUCACAAAAUCUUUGCUUAAUCAAUGGCAAAAUCAAAACGUUAUAACAAGCACUGCGAAAAGUAAGACAAAAAUUGAAAUUCGAGAAGAAGAUGGUUCGCUCUCUGAGAAUAAUCCUGAAACAUUAGAAAAUAUUGCUCGUGAAACUGAAACAACUCACGAGUACAAACCAGUCAUUCAGUCUGGUUUAGCUAAGUCACUAGUCGGUCAGUGGCAAAAUAAAAAUUUAGAAAGUUUCAGGAAUGAAAAAACUCCUAUUGUCAUAGAAGAGAAUGAUGGACAAUGUGCUGAAAAUGAGCCAAUAACAAGAGAGAAUGUAGUUCGGUCAGAUCAAAGCAAAGAUGAAACUAUUAUUGAGAAAGGUUACACAAAAAAUAUCCUAAAUCAGUUGAAAACUAUGCCUCUCAAAUCAAAUGUAAAAAGCAGGACUCCUAUUACUAUUUCGGAGCAGGAUGGUUUCGUAGCUGAAAACGACCCUAUCCAAAGGUCUGACGUAGUAAAAAGCGGUGUAGAAGUAGAAGAAACUUUUGUGCAAAAAGGAUUUACUAAAUCAAUUUUAAAUCAAUGGCAUGAAAAAAAGGAUAACCAAACCAAAUCUCAAAAAACAACAAAAAUUGAAAUUAAAGAAGAAGAUGGACAGUGCGUUGAAAAUGAACCUAUCAUAAGGUCCGAUGUCAUAAAGUCCACAGAUAAUGUUCUAUCUGAUGAAAUAAACAUUGGAAAAGGGUUUACUAUGAAUAUGUUAAAUCAGUGGCAACAAAACACAAAUGAAAGAUCAAGUGGUAACAGCAGUCGAGACAAAACCCCAAUCGUUAUUUCUCACGAAGACGGUAAAAUUGUGGAAAACAUACCAAUACAAAGAGACGAUGUAGCUCGUGAAGGAGACGCUAACACAAACCCGAUUCACGUUGUUCAAACUGGAACAGCAAAACAAUUGAAAACUCAGUGGCAAAAUCUGGGAAACAAAACAUUUGAGAAAGAGAAUAGAACAGCCGUGGUCAUAUCUGAAGAUGAUGGUCGCAUAGUAGAAAAUCAGCCGAUAGAAAGAACUGAUGUCGUCAAAGGUGAUCAAACGGACAAUGAUAUUUCAUCUGUAGAAUGUGGUAUAACAAAAUCUUUAGUAGGUCAUUGGAAAAAUAAACAAAUGGAGGAAUUUACACCUGAAAAAAAAGUGAUAAAAAUUGCAAGUGAGGACGGUCACGUGGCUGAAAAUGCACCAAUAACAAAAGACGACGUGGCCAAAGAAAGUUCUACCAUUGAAAAUACGUCAGUUGUUCAAAAAGGCACAACAAAACAGUUAUUAAAUCGUUGGAAAAAUCCUGAUUUAGUUCAAAAACCGUCGACAAAAACGACUGUUCAAAUUUCAAAAGACGAUGGAGUUGUCGCAGAGAACGAACCAAUAAUUCGAGAUGACAUAAUAAAAGCUGAUAUGCCAGCAAAGACGGAUGAAUUGGAAAUUGUUCAAAAAGGAAUCACAAAAUCUUUGACAUCUCAGUGGAGUACAAGUGCUAGUAAUGAAACCAAUAAAGAUAAGAAAAUUGUUCUCGAGUUAGAUUCCGGACACGUGGCUGAAAAUGAUCCUAGCCCCAAAAGAACUGAUGUUUUUCGAGAAGAGAAUCAAAAUGAAAUUGCUGCUGAACACAUGCCUUUAAAAGGCCAGGCUAGUUUAAUAAAACAAAAACUUAUAUCGGCAGGUCAAUAUAAAGUACAAGGUUCCAGAAAGGAACCCAUCAACAUUUAUGACACUAAUUCGAAUGAAAAAUGUGUAGUUGAAAAUGAGCCUGUAAAAAGAGAAGGCGUUGCUCGUGAAGAUGAUGAAAAUUAUGCAGACAACUUUACUGUUUUGAGAAAAGGAUAUGCUAAAAAUAUGGCUGGAUUCUGGACUAAACCAAAAUCUGACGCAAACCAAAAUGUAAAAAAACAAUCUGUCUUUGAGUUGGCAGAUGGGCCGGCAGUUUACGAGAAUGACCCUCAGCCUUCAAGAAAAAAUGAAAUUCAACAGGUGUUGGAGGCAGGCGUGUUUGAGAACAACCCAGUUACACGGGAAGAUGUGGCGAGGGAAGCAGAUUUUCAGCCAGAAAUCAUAUCAGCCCACGCCACCAGAAACGUAAGGAAACUUUGGUCACAAAAAGAAGCCGAAAGUACUAAUCCUACCGUAAAGACGAAAAAGCCAGAGCCUGUUCGUUUCACGCCACCCCGUGAGAAAUCGCCGCCUCGCCAAGUGAAAGAAGAAUUCAAAUCAACUCACAAUAUAACUUUCAAAAAAUCAUAAUUCUUUCGCAUAACCAUUUUUCGAAUAAUUUUUACGAAUAAUUAUAUAUAUGCGUAUGAUUAAUAUCGAAAUAUUGUAAUUACAUUAUAUUUAUUUAUUUAUUCGUUUUUUAAUUAACGAAUGCACAUAUAACAUAAUUACAUAUAAACGAAUUUAUUUUUACAUAACUUAGAUAUGUUGGUUAAUACAUGUUUGUAAUUAAUAAAAGGUUUAUAGAACCAUUUCGUGUAUAGUUUUUAAUCUUUUGUUAUAAACAAUAUAUUUUUUAAAUUUAUAACUUACUGAUUUUAAACUUCACAGUAGUAACAAAUUUGAUGCAAAUUGUGUUAUAUGAUAGUAUAUUUUUGUGAGAAACUGAAAAACUUAAAAUAAAUUGUGUUUAAAGUCAAUUUUUGUUUUAAGAACUUUUCACUGUCUCAACAAAAACAAA